AUGAAUUACCUAGCUCAUUCAUGGGACUGUAGGUUCUUGUUUCAUGUCAUUGGGACAUUUAUUCUUGCCUGUUUUGCUUCCAUACCAGUAGCUAACUCAAAGGGGCUUUUCCCAAGGCUUCAAAAUAUUGGAGCUUUAAAGAAUGUUUCAGUCGUGCCAACCCAAGCAACAUGUGGACUACCAGUCCGGAGUGUUUUCUGUCACAGCUCUACAGCUGCUGAAAGUAUUCACUACUGUACCCAGAAGUUUUGUAUUCAAGAGUGCCCACACACAUCUUCCACUCCUUCCUACAUCGCCCUUUUCUCAUCAGGCCUCAGGAGCUGCAUCACCACAGACAAAAAUGAUUUGCACCCUGGCUCCCCUAGCAAUUCUACAAGUUUUAUUUUUGGUCAUCUCAAAGAUUGCUUUUUUUUGCCUCAUUCUCCAAGGCUGACGGCAUCAUUUGCUUUAGCUGUGUGGCUGAAACCUGAGCAAGAGGGUGUAAUGUGUGUUAUUGAAAAGGCCGUGGACGGGCAGAUUGUGUUCAAACUUACAAUCUCUGAGAAAGAGACCAUGUUUUAUUAUCGCACAGUAAAUGGUUUGCAGCCUCCAAUAAAAGUAAUGACACUGGGGAGAAUUCUUGUGAAGAAAUGGAUUCAUCUUAGUGUGCAGGUGUAUCACACAAAAAUCAGUUUCUUCAUCAAUGGUUUGGAAGAUGACCACACAGCUUUUGAUGUAAGAACUCUUCAUGGUCCAGUUAAAGAUCUUGCCCCUGGGGCUGUGAGAAUUGGACAAAAUUCAAAUGGUUCAGAGCAAUUUAUUGGAAGAAUGCAAGAUUUUCGAUUAUACCAAGUAGCACUUCCAAACAGAGACAUCAUGGAAGUUUUCUCUGGAGAAUUACUCUAUUUGCACACCCAGACAGAAUGCCGUUGCCCUGUCAGCCACCCGAGAGUCCAUCCUUUGGUGCAGCGGUAUUGCCUUCCUAAUGAUGCAGAUGACACAACCAAUGAUAGAGUUUUGAGGCUGAAUCCUGAAGCUCACCCUCUCUCUUACAUCAAUGAUAAUGAUAUUGGUACUUCAUGGAUUUCUCAUGUAUUUAAAAACAUGACUGAGCUUAAAAAUGGAGUGGCAAUUACAAUAGAUUUGGAAAAUGGACAGUACCAGGUUUUUUACAUUGUCCUUCAGUUCUUUAGUCCACAGCCAACAGGAAUUCGAAUUCAAAGGAAAAAGAUGGACCACUUAGCUUGGGAGGACUGGCAAUACUUCGCUAGAAAUUGCAGUGAUUUUGGAAUGAUAAACAAUGGCCAUUUGGAAGAUCCUGACUCUGUCAACUGCCUUCAGCUUCCUAAUUUCACUCCAUACUCUCGUGGUAACAUCACAUUUAGUAUCUUGACACCUGAACCAAAUCAUCGCCCUGGAUAUAAUAAUUUCUAUAAGACCCCUUCUCUCCAAGAGUUUGUAAAAGCCACUCAAAUAAGGAUUCAUUUCCACGGUCAGUAUUACACAACUGAGUCUUCUGUUAACUUCAGGCACAGAUAUUAUGGAGUGGAUGAAAUUACUAUCAGUGGCAGAUGUAAUUGUCAUGGUCAUGCCAAUGACUGUGACAUGGCUAGCAAACCUUAUCGAUGCCUCUGCUCCCAGGAAAGCUACACUGAAGGAUGGAAUUGUGAUCGUUGUUUGGCCCUUUAUAAUGAUAAGCCCUUUCAUCAAGGGGACCAUGUUCAUGCUUUUAAUUGCAAACCCUGUCAAUGCAACAACCAUUCAAGAAGUUGCCACUAUGAUGUGACAAUGGACCCUUUUCCUGAUGAAUACCACCGAGGUGGGGGAGGAGUUUGUGAGAACUGUCAACAUAAUACUACAGGAAGGAACUGUGAGCUGUGUAAGGAUUACCUUUUCCGACAAGUGGGUGCUGAUCCAUCAGCCAUAGAUAUUUGCAAACCCUGUGAUUGUUAUGAAGUUGGCACGAAAAAUGGCAGCCUCCUUUGUCAUCAGAUUGGAGGCCAGUGUAAUUGUAAGAGACAUGUGUCUGGCAGACAGUGUAAUCAGUGCCAGGAUGGAUUCUACAAUCUACAAGAGUUGGCUCCUGAUGGCUGCAGUCCCUGUAACUGCAAUACCUCUGGGACAGUGGAUGGAGAUAUUACCUGUCACCAAAAUUCAGGCCAGUGCAAAUGCAAAGGAAAUGUUAUUGGGCUUAGAUGUGAUCGUUGCAAUUUUGGCUUCAAAAUUCUCCAAAGUUUCAAUAAAGAUGGAUGUGAACCAUGUCAUUGUAACAUUUAUGGGUCAGUGAACAGAUUCUGCAACCCUCUUUCUGGACAGUGUAAAUGUAAAAAAGAAGCUCAAGGUCUCCAGUGUGAUGCUUGUGUGGAAAACUUUUAUGGAUUGGACAUUGGUGGCUGUAAGGCAUGUGACUGUGACACGGAGGGGACGCUCCCUGGUACCGUCUGUGAUGCCAAGACAGGCCAAUGUACUUGUAAACCCUAUGUAGGUGGAAGACGGUGCAAUGAAUGUUUGGAUGGAUACUAUCAAGUGCAGCAAAAUCAUUCCUUCUGUCUACCAUGUAAUUGUGAUAAGGCAGGGACAAUAAAUGCCUCUCUGCUGUGUGACAAAUCAACAGGACGAUGUCCCUGCAAAACCGGAGUCAUUGGUCUCCACUGCGAUCACUGUGAGCCUCACUGGUACAAUCUCACCAUUAGCAAUCUUCAAGGAUGCCAGAUGUGUGAGUGUGACUCCCUGGGAACAUUAGCUGGGGCCAUAUGUGACCAGAUUAGUGGACAAUGUCCAUGUUUGCCUAAUCAUCAAGGAAGACAGUGUGAUCAAUGUAAACCAGGUUUUUAUGUUUCUCCAGGCAAUAAAACUGGCUGCCUGCCCUGCUCAUGCCAUACAGCUGGUGCAGUUCAUCAGGUCUGUAAUAGCCUAACUGGUCAGUGCAUUUGCCAAGAUGCUUCUAUUAUUGGACAGAGGUGUGACCACUGCAAGGACCAUUAUUUUGGGUUUGAUCCUCUGGCUGGGAGAUGCCACCCAUGCAACUGUCAUCUCCCUGGAGCCUUGAAUGAAAGUUGUCAUCUAGUCACUGGUCAAUGUUUGUGUAAACAGUUUGUAACUGGCUUAAAGUGUGAUCUUUGUGUUCCUGGUGCAAGUCAUUUAGAUAUUCACAACCCAUUCGGUUGCAGCAAAACUCCAUCCCAGCAACCUCCACCCAGAGGACAAGUUCAAAGUUCUUCUACUAUCAAUCUCUCCUGGCAUCCACCUGAUUCCCCAAAUGCCCACUGGCUUACUUACAGCUUAUUUAGAGACGGUAUUGAAAUUUACACAACUGAAGAUAAGUACCCAUAUGAUGUUCAGAACUUCACUGAUACUACUCUGUUACCUUAUACGUCUUAUUCCUAUCAUAUCUUGACCACCAAUGUGCAUGGUUCAGAAAGAAGUGCAACUGUGACUUACAGAACAAAAUCUGGGACUCCAGAAGGAAGCCUGAACCUUAAUUAUCUUAUUCCCAUUAGCCCAUAUUCUGUGACACUGUACUGGACUGCUCCUUCAAAUGAUUCUGGCCCUAUAGAAAAAUAUAUUUUGUCAUGCAUUACUUUAGAGAGCCUUCAGCCUUGUGGUCCAUAUGAAGGUCUUGACACCUUGGCCACCAUUUGGAAUUUAGUUCCAUUCACAAAGUACCGCUUUUCUGUUCAGGCCUGUACAAGUGGUGGAUGUUUACAUAGCUUACCUCUGAUCAUAACUACUGCUCAGGCACCUCCCCAAGGAAUGGACCCUCCUACAGUGCAGACAAUUAGCUCCACAGAACUCUACGUAGAAUGGCAUCCACCAGAAGAACCCAAUGGAAUAAUUAUAAGAUAUGAACUUUACAUGCGAAAAUUGAAGUUUAAUGAUGAACCAACUGUGACAGAAAGUAGGGUUUUCCAAAAUAGUGGAUGGUUAAAUCCUCAACCAGUUACAGCAUCAGCCAAUGAAAAUGCCUUAACACCUCCAAAAACAACUACAAUUAUUACCGAUUUGGAGCCAUACACUAAUUAUGAAUUUAGUGUUGUAGCUGUGAAUAUGGCUGGUAGUGUGUCUUCAGACUGGAUAUCUGAAAGAACUGCAGAGUCAGCUCCUGUUUUCAUGCCACCUCCUUCAGUGUUCCCUCUUUCUCCAUAUUCCCUAAAUGUGUCUUGGGUAAAACCAGGAAAUAAUGCAACAAGGGGAGAAGUAGCAAAGUAUAAAGUCAACUUGAUUUCAGAACAACCACCUCAUCAGCUAGCCUUCCUUGAAGUUUCACAGGUUUUGUACACUGCUGAAGCACAAGAGCUUUUCUAUGUUGUAAGGGGACUAAAGCCUUAUAGGAUAUAUAAUUUCACCAUUUCUCUAUGCAACCUGAUAGGGUGUGUUACCAGUGAGCCAGGAAUGGGACAGACCUUAGCAACAGCCCCAGCUCACGUGAGAGCUCCUCAUGUUGAAGGGAUCAACUGUACAACUAUGAAGAUUAGCUGGCUUCCACCUAGAGAACUGAAUGGACCUUCUCCCAUCUACCAGCUAGAAAAAAGAGAGAUAUCUUUGCCAGCACUGGACACCGAGAUGAUAAAAGGCGUCCGUUUUAUUGGAAAUGGAUAUUAUAAAUUUCCAAGCUCAACUCUGCCUGUCAAUAUAGAUUUUACAGGUAUCAAGGUCAAGUUUAGAACAAGGGAACCUGAGGGUUUGAUUGUGUUAGCUGUAUCACCUGGCAAUCAAGAAGAAUACUUUGCACUGCAGCUGAAGAGAGGACGUCUUUACUUUCUUUAUGAUCCCCAGGGAUCUACAGUUGUAGUUACUACAACCAAUGACAAUGGAAAACAAUAUAAUGAUGGAAAGUGGCAUCAGGUGAUUGCUACUCGGCAUCAGACCUUGGGACAUAUCACUAUUGAUGGCCAAUUCAUAGGCUCUUCUUCUGCAACCAGUGGCAGUACUAUUAUUGGUGAAAAUACAGGCAUUUUUGUGGGAGGACUACCACGGGAUUUUACUAUCCUCAGGAAGGACCUUGAAAUAAUCCAGAAAGGUUUUGUGGGAUGCCUCAGGGAUGUUUUUUUUAAGAAGAGUCACAAUCCUUUUGAGGUCUGGGAACCACUGGAAUGGCAAAAUGCUGAAGAACAGAUGAAUGUGUACAGCAGCUGGGAGGGCUGCCCUCCUGUACUGACAGAGGGAAUACACUUCCUUGGAACAGGAUUCCUGGAACUCUAUCCAUAUGUAUUUCCUGGAGGAAUGGAUUUUGAAAUUUCCUUUAAGUUCAGAACUGACCAAAUGAAUGGAUUACUUUUAUUUGUGUACAAUAAGGAUGGACCAGAUUUUCUUGCCGCAGAGUUGAAGAGUGGGAUUCUGAGCUUCCUGUUAAAAACCUGUAUUACUUUUACACAAGUGGAUCUCUGGGUAGGACUCUCCUAUUGUGAUGGAAAGUGGAAUAAAGUAACCGUGAAAAAGGCAGGCUCAGUAACAUCAGCAAGUGUGAAUGAACUGAUGAAGCAUGUGUCAGGAUCCAGUGCCCAGCCACUGAUGGUGAAUUCCCCAAUCUAUGUCGGAGGAAUGCCACAAGAGCUUCGGGACACAUAUGAAGAGUUAAGUUUAGAACAAGGUUUCGGUGGUUGCAUGAAGGAUGUUAAAUUUACACGAGGUGCUGUCGUUAACUUGGCAUCUGUGUCCAGCGGUGCUGUCAGAGUCAAUCUGGAUGGAUGCCUAUCAACUGCCAGGGCUGUUAACUGCAGGGGAAAUGACUCCAUCCUGGUUUACCAGGGGAAAGAGCCGAGUGUUUAUGAGAGUGGUCUACAGCCAUUUACAGAAUAUCUGUACAGAGUGGUGGCCUCAAAUGAAGGAGGAUCAGCAGGCAGUGUUUGGAGUCGGGGGCGCACAAAAGGAACAGCUCCACAAAGUGUGCCAACUCCCUCAAGAGCUCACAGCAUAAAUGGUUACAGCAUUGAAGUGACCUGGGAUAAACCUGUUGGGGUCAGAGGUAUAAUUGAGAAGUACAUUGUGAAGGCAUAUGAUAAGAAUGGUCCUCACCUACCCCAUGUAGCUGCUGCCAGUGUUGAGUUUGUCAACACCAGUGCCCUCACAGGCACCUUGACAGGCUUGCUACCCUUCAAAAACUAUGCAGUAACCCUAACUGCCUGUACUUUGGCUGGUUGUACUGAGAGCACACAUGCAUUGAACAUCUCCACUCCACAAGAAGCACCAGAAGAGGUUCAGCCACCAGUAGCCAAGUCUCUGCCCAACACUUUGAUACUAUUUUGGAGCCUUCCCAAAAAGACAAAUGGUAUUAUAACACAGUACUCAUUAUAUAUGGAUGACAUGUUAAUCUACACUGGACAUAGAGAAAACUGCACUGUCACUGAUUUAGCAGUGUUUACGCCACAUCAGUUUCUGCUCACUGCAUGCACGCUUGUUGGCUGUACAAACAGUUCCCAGGUCACCUUGUUUACAGCACAGCUGCCACCAGAUAACAUUGAUGCCCCCAUCUUGACCGUGUUGGAUUCUAGAACUAUCUAUGUACAGUGGAAACAGCCAGAGAAAUUAAAUGGAAUUCUGGAACGCUAUAUAUUAUAUAUGGCAGAUCAUGAACAAAAUGUUACAAUUUGGAAUGUCAUCUAUAACAGUACAGAACUUUUCCAGGAUCAUACCAUACAACACCUCUUCCCUGGUACCAGAUAUCUAAUAAAGCUGGCUGCUUGCACAGGAGGGGGAUGCAAAAUCAGUGAGAUCAGUAUGGCUUUAACUGAUGAGACUGUCCCAGAAGGUGUUCCUGCUCCUAAAGCCCAGUCCUAUUCAUCUGACUCCUUUAACAUCUCCUGGACCAAGCCUGAAUAUCCGAAUGGUAUUUUAACAAGUUAUGGACUGUACAUAGAUGGUGUACUAAUGCAGAAUUCAUCACACCUCAGCUAUUAUGCUCAUGGAUUUGCUCCUUGGAGUUUGCAUUCUUUCAGAGUCCAGGCAUGCACAGCCCAAGGUUGUGCUUUGGGGCCAAUGGUAGAAAAUAGAACAAGUGAGGCACCUCCUGAAGGAACAGUAAGCGUGUUUGUCAUCAGAGAGGGACCCCGGAAAGUCAAAGUGAAGUGGGAAGCACCUGCCUCUCCUAAUGGACACUUGACCUAUGCAGUUUUUUGUACUGGGCUUUUCUAUGUGGAACAAGGCAAAUCCAACUCCACUCUUCAGAAUGACACACAAAUCUUGCAACACACUGAAGAGGCUAACCUUUGGGUGUCCAUUAGUGGAUUGGUUCCAUUUUCUAACUACACUGUGCAAGUAAAUGCAUCAAAUAGCCAAGGCAGUGUGAUAAGUGAUCCUAUAACAAUCAUGAUGCCUCCAGGGGCUCCAGAUGGCGUGCUGCCUCCAAGGCUUUCAUCUGCCACUCCAACCAGUCUUCAGGUUGUCUGGUCUACACCAGUUCGCAACAAUGCUCCAGGCUCUCCCAGUUACCGACUCCAGAUGAGACCUAGUCACUCCAUGGGUGGAAUUCUAGAGCUGUUUUCUCAUCCAUCUGCAUCUUUAAGCUAUGUAGUUGAAGAUCUCCAUCCAUAUACAACAUAUGAGCUGAGGUUAAUCACCUCUAAUGGAUAUGGUAGCACAUACAGUGAAUGGACUUCAUUUGUUACCACAGAGGACAAACCAGGACCUAUCGAUCCUCCAUUUCUUUUGAAUGUGGGGUCAAGAAGAAUGACUCUCAAGUGGCAGCAUCCUUCAAGACCCAAUGGUGUUAUUACCCAUUACAACAUUUACCAAAAUGGUCAUUUUCAUUCAGUGCUUCCAGGAAAGGCCUCUAACAGCACAGUGUUUCACUUACGCCCCAAUAGUACCUACUAUUUUCAGGUAGAAGCGUGUACUUCAAAAGGAUGCUCUCUUUCACCUGAGACCCAGGCCAUAUGGACUCUUCCAGAUGCACCGGAAGGUAUCCCCAGUCCAGAACUCUAUUCUGAUACACCAACUUCUGUGCUUAUAUCUUGGAAACUGCCCCUCUUCCCUAAUGGCCUAGUGGAGAACUUCACUAUUGAGAGAAGGUCCAAAGGAAUGGAAGAAGUGACCACACUGGUGACCCUCCCACUGAAUCAUUCCAUGAAGUUUACUGAUCAAACUGCUGCUCUUAGCCCAUGGACAAAGUAUGAGUACCGGAUACUAAUGAGCACUUUUAACGGAGGCACAAACAGCAGUGCUUGGGUAGAAGUUACCACAAGACCAUCAAGGCCUGCCGGGGUACAACCACCCGAGGUGCUGGUGUUAGGACCAGAUAUGGCCAAGGUCAUUUGGAGUCCCCCACUCAUUCCAAAUGGAGACAUACUCAGCUAUGAAGUCUGCAUGCCAGACCCAAGAAUUACAGUCACUCCCAGCAGCAAUACCUCAAGAUUUAAUCAAAUAAUGACCCACCUCAUUCCUUUCACAACCUACUCUGUCACCAUAGUGGCUUGCUCAGGAGGUGGGGGACAUCUUGGAGGAUGCACAGAGAGUCUGCCUACGCAUAUCACAACCCAACCCACAAUACCCCAGGGUAUUAAUCCUUUGUCAGUGACUCCAGUAAGUGACUCCUAUAUUGGGGUUUCUUGGCAGCCACCCAGUAGGCCAAAUGGACCUCAUUUAAGAUAUGAGCUUCUGAGACGUAAAAUCCAGCAACCACUUGCAUCAAAUCCCCCUGAAGAUUUAAAUCUGUGGCGCACUAUUUACUCAGGAACUCAGCGGUUUUACGAAGAUAAGGGUCUUAGCAGGUAUACGACUUAUGAAUAUAAACUCAUUGUGCAUAACAUUGUGGGGUAUGCAUCAAGCAAGGAAGCAACUGGGACCACAUUAGCAGGAUUCCCAGAGAAGACUACUACCCUGGCUGUGCAGGAUCUUAAUCACACGGCAAUUAAAGUCAAAUGGUCUAGACCAACCCUGAAAGACUUACAAGGUGACGUUGAGUAUUAUACUCUCAUCUGGAGUUCGGCUACAUCAAAUGAAUCAGUGAAAAUCCUGCCAGAUGUAAACUGUUUUGAAAUUGGUGACUUAAAACCAAACACAGAAUAUCAGAUUUUUAUUUGUGUCUUCAAUGGAGCCCACAGCAUCAACAGUGAAGUACUACAUGUGACCACUUGUGAUGGAGAGCCUCAGGGCAUGCUUCCUCCAGAGGUUGUCAUCAUCAACAGUACAGCUGUACGUGUCAUCUGGACAUCGCCUUCCAACCCAAAUGGUGUUGUCACUGAGUAUUCUGUCUAUGUAAAUAAUAAGCUCUACAAGACUGGCAUGAAUGCGCCUGGGUCUUUCGUUCUGGGAGACCUGUCUCCAUUCACUAUCUAUGACAUACAGGUUGAAGUCUGUACCAAAUAUGCUUGUGUGAAGAGCACAGGAACAAAAAUCACCACAGUAGAAGAUACACCAUGUAAGAUAGAAGCACCCAAAAUACAUAUAAUCAGCUCAAGGUCCCUUCAAAUUGAAUGGGAGUCACCAGCAGAACCAAAUGGCAUCAUCCUUGGUUAUGAACUUUUGCGGAAAACUUGGAAUUCUUGCACUAGAGGCCAAAAAGUGAUCAGGGACCAGAAUGAUGGGAUCUGCAAGAUUAUGGAGUGUCAGAAUCCUGACAAUAUCUGUGGACACCUGUGCUAUUCUCCUGAAUCUAAGGUCUGUUGUGAUGGAAUUCUCUAUGACCUCAAACCUGGUUAUAUUUGCUGUGAAGAUAAUUAUAUCCCAUUUGGUCCUAAUUCAUCCAGAGUUUGUUGUGGUGGUCACAUGCAUGAGAUGCAACAGAAACAUCAGUGCUGCUCAGGAUAUUAUACCAGAGUCCUUCCAGGUGAAAUAUGUUGUUCAGAUGAUGAACACCAAAGGGUUUCAGUUGGCAUUGGGGAUUCUUGCUGCAAGAACUUCCCGUACUCUACCUCAGGAAACCAGAUCUGCUGUGCUGGGGUAUUGCAUGAUGGCUAUCAGCAACAGUGCUGUGGUGGACAGAUGGUGAGCAAAGAGUUGAUCUGCUGUGGUGGUGAAGAAGAGGGCAGGGUACAUAUCCGGCUUCCAGAGAUGUUCUGUUGUGGGCAGGAUUAUGUGAAUAUGUCAGAUACCAUAUGCUGCUCAGCUUCCAGUGGCGAGUCUAAAGCACAUGUUAAAAAGAAUGACCCAGUGCCAAUAAAAUGCUGUGAGACUGAACUUAUUCCAGAGACCCAGGAAUGUUGUAAUGGAGUUGGAUAUAAUCCUUUGAAAUAUGUUUGCUCUGACAAGAUUUCAGCUGGAAUGAUGAUGAAGGAAACCAAAGAAUGCAAGCCUGCUUCCCUCUGCCCUGUUUCCAUGAAAGAUACAGCAUAUUGUGGCAGGUGUGACUUCAACCUUACGAGCCAUGUUUGUGCUUUGAUAAGAGGUCCUCACCAGACUGCCAAGAAACUGUCAAAUGAAGAUAUGUGUCCAUCAGCUGAAGAAGCUGUCUACACUGGGAACACAAGCACCUAUUCAUUCACAGAUGUUAACCUUCAGCCAUACAAGAUGUAUGAGUACAGAAUUGCUGCAUGGAAUAGCCAUGGGCAAGGAUUCAGCAAUGCUUCCAGGGCCAAUACAAAGCAGGAUGUGCCACAAGGAGUGAGUCCUCCUUCCUGGACCAAAUUGGACAAUCGGCAAGAUGUAAUUGUUUUAAACUGGAAGAAACCUAUUCAACCAAAUGGUCCCAUCAUUCAUUACAUUGUUCUCCGAAAUGGGAUUGAACGUUUUCGGGGGACAGAUAUGAGCUUUAUGGAUACCAAUGGGAUUCAACCAUAUCAGGAAUAUUCAUACCAGCUGAGAGCCUGCACAGUUGCAGGUUGUACUGAAAGUUACAAGAUAGUUGCAGCUACCAUCCAAGGAGUCCCGGAGAAUGUAUUGCCUCUAGCAAUAACAGCCCUGAGUGCAGAGGUGCUGCAUCUGAGUUGGAGAGUCCCUGAGAAACCAAAUGGUGUCAUCAAAGAGUACCGGAUCAAUCAGUUUGGGAAAGGUCUCAUCCAUGUUGACACCAAGGGGGAAAUGCAACAUACAGUCACAGGGCUCUCUGCUUACACUAACUACAGUUUCACACUUACAGCUUGUACAUCUGUUGGAUGUACUACUAGUCAGCCAAUUGUGAGCCGAACACUGCAGGCUGCUCCUCAGGGAGUCUGGUCAAUACCACGUCAUAUUAUCAUCAACUCUACAACAGUGGAAUUAUAUUGGAAUGAGCCAGAAAAGCCCAAUGGUCUCAUUUCUGAAUAUCAAUUACGUCGUAAUGGAACUGUGGUCUUUCUGGGUGUCAGAGAAGAUCAGAAUUUCACAGAUGACAGCCUGGAGCCCAAUAGCAGUUACGUUUACCAACUGGAAGCCCGCACUGGAGGGGGCAGCAGCACUAGUGAUGACUAUGUUGUGCAGACUCCCAAAUCAACCCCAGAAGAAAUAUGUGCCCCAUAUAAUGUCACAGUAAUUGACCCCUAUUCCAUAUUUAUAGCCUGGAGUCCAUCAGGUAAAAAAAUCACCAACAUGCCUUUGGAAUAUAAUGUUUUACUAAACCCUGGGAGUGUAGCACCAUUAAUCUAUCCAGUUGGUUACCAGAACUUAACUGUGGUGAAGAAUCUGACCCCAUAUACACAGUAUGAAAUAAGGAUACAAACCUGUCGAGAUGGCAGCUGUGGAGUCAGCAGUGGUACCUUGGUGACAACUUUUGAAGCAGCUCCCAUGGAUCUGAAACCCCCUUUUCUUGUGACAACAGGAUCUAGCAGCAUAUUGGUUAGAUGGUUACCACCUACAAAGCCAAAUGGAGUCAUCAUUAACUAUUUUAUUCACCGACGUACUAUUGGUGUUGAAGGGGAGUCACUUUUGUUCAUCUGGUCUGAAGGAGCUCUUGAAUUUACUGAUACUUCAGAUACGUUGAAGCCUUUCACACUUUAUGAAUAUCGUGUCAGAGCUCAUAACUCCAAGGGCUCUGUGGAGAGUCCAUGGUCAUCAGCACAGACAAUGGAAGCCCCUCCUAGGGGUUUGCAAGCUCCCCAGGCUCAAGCUACCAGUGCUUAUUCUGUGCUGCUGAAUUGGACCAAGCCUGAGCAUCCCAAUGGUAUUAUCUCUCACUAUCGUAUUAUCUAUCAAGAGAGACAAAAGGAUCCAACAUUUAAUGUUCCAACUGUGACUGCAUUUACAGUGAUGGGAACAAGGCACCAAGCCCACCUUUUCGGGUUAGAACCAUUCACAACCUAUCACAUUGGCAUUAUGGCUAUCAACCAUGCCGGAGAAGUGUCAAGCCCAUGGACUCCAGUUCGCACUUUAGAAUCUUCCCCAAGUGGGUUGAGCAACUUUACAGUGGAAAGGAAAGAGAAUGGUCAUGCCUUAUUACUUCAGUGGUCUGAGCCUAUUAGAACCAAUGGCGUGAUUAAGGCAUAUAAUGUCUUCAAUGAUGGUAACCUGGAAUAUACUGGUUUGUCUCGUCAGUUUCUUUUUAGACGCCUUGAACCUUAUACGCUCUACAUAUUGACCCUGGAGGCCUGCACCAUGGCAGGCUGCACUCUCUCUGCACCUCAGGGUCUCUGGACAGCUGAAGCACCUCCUACCUCUCAGUUGGCUCCCACAAUCCAGUCUGUGGGGGCAACAAGCAUUGAGCUGAGUUGGUCUGAGCCAAUUAAUCCAAAUGGAAAAAUAAUUCACUAUGAAGUGAUUCACAGAUGCUUCAAGGGAAAUGCUGGGGGAAACAGGACAACUCAAGCAGAUGAGAAAAUUGUUUUCAUAGAAUAUAACACUGAAAGGAAUACAUUUGCGUAUAAUGACAAAGGUUUACAACCUUGGACUCCAUAUGAAUAUAAAAUCCGUUCGUGGAAUUCAGCUGGUCACACUGAUAGCCCUUGGUCUGUGGUAAAGACAAAACAAGCCCCACCAGAGGGUCUUUUGCCACCUGAUUUGGUCUUUAAAUCUUUAAAGCCCCUGAGACUGAUGAUUUCUUGGGCCCCUCCACAACAGCCUAAUGGGAUCAUCCAUUCCUAUCGACUUCAAAGAAAUGAAGUACUCUAUCCUUUCAACUUUGAUGCUGAGACUUUUAAUUAUACAGAUGAUGAAUUGCUUCCUUACUCAGAGUAUAGCUAUGCAGUGAUAGCUUGCACAGCAGAAGGCUGCUCCAUGAGUCAGCCCUCCACCAUCCAAACUCCUGAGGCAGCCCCAGCUCUAGUUAAUCCACCUUCUCUUUGGGCUCUCAGUGCCACAGAGAUAAAUGUGUCUUGGUCAACUCCUCCAAUUCCCAAUGGAGAAAUCAUCAAGUACUUCCUGAGGUUUGAUGGAAGGGAAUACCAUGCUGGAAAGAACCUGUCUGGGUUGGUUUCCCAACUGCAGCCAUACACCAAAUAUGAUUUCAUAUUAACAGCCUGUACUGAUGGAGGUUGUACAUCUAGUGAAACCAAAUCUGCCAGGACAAUGGAGGCUCUACCACAAAGUAUGGGCCCUCCAAAGUUACAAGCCACAGGCUCAGAGUCAGUAGAAAUUACCUGGCAAGCUCCUGCUAAUCCAAAUGGGCAAAUAAUAAAUUAUGAGGUUAGGAGAGAUAGAGACAUUGUCUAUACUGGUCUGGAAACUCGCUACCAUGAUUUUAACCUUUCCUCAGGCAAGGAGUAUGGAUACACAGUGACUGCUAGUAAUAGCCAAGGCAGCACCUCUAGUCCACUGGUUAAAGUGAGAACAAACCCCUCUGCACCAUCUGGUAUGGCAUCUCCAGAGCUACACGCAUGGAAUUCUCAAGAGAUUGAAGUGAACUGGAAUCCUCCUGUAAAGACCAAUGGUGGUAUUAUUAAUUAUACCCUGCAAGUAUGGGAUCCAGUUGAAACAGAAGCAAAAGCCAUACACAUGAACAUAACUCAUAGUUCUUUUGCUAGACGGUCAUUCAUGGUAACCCAAUUAAAACCUUAUCACAGGUAUGAGAUACGAAUUCAAGGAUGCACAGUGCUAGGAUGUGCUUCAAGUGAUUGGACAUCAAUACAGACCCUUGAAACUUCACCACUGAUGCAACCUCCACCGCUUUUAGAGGUACAGAUGAGUCCAAGAGGAUUCCAGCCCAAAGUUUCUCUCCAGUGGACUGGGCCACUUCAGCCAAAUGGGAAAAUUCUGUACUAUGAAUUGUAUAGAAGACAAAUAACAGCUUUGCCUGGAAAAUCAAGCCCAAUACUAAUGUACAAUGGAACCUUAUCCUCAUUUAUAGAUUCUGAGCUCUUGCCUUUUACAGAAUAUGAAUAUCAGGUCUGGUCCGGGAAUUCAGCAGGAAAGACACCCAGUAGCUGGACACAGUGUAAAACUGGCCCAGCUCCACCAGAAGGCCUCCAAGCUCCAAAAUUUCAUGCUGUUUUCUCUACUCAAGCUGUGGUCAAUAUUAGUACACCCUUGAAACCCAAUGGGAUUGUGAGUCUUUACAGGCUGUUCUCUAACCAUACCAGAGGGACAGAGAGGGUGUUAUCUGAAGGUAUGGCCACCCAGCAGACAAUCCAUGACCUGGAGCCUUUCACUACUUAUUCCAUUGGAGUGGAAGCCUGUACCUGCUUCAAUUGUUGCAGCAAGGGACCAGUGGCUCAACUGACAACUCAUCCUGCUCCACCUUCCCAGCAGCCCCCUCCCCAGAUCCAGACAUUGACCUCCAGGACUGCCUACUUUCAGUGGAAUCCUCCAUCAUCUCCCAAUGGCAUUGUUGAAAGCUAUGAGCUGGAACUCUAUAUUCCAUGCCCCCCACCUACAGAGAUGCCCUGCACCCCUGGGCCAACAGAAAUCAAGUACACUGGACGAAGUCAGAGUGCCGGCAUUGGGGGUCUCCAGCCCUAUACCAGCUAUAAGCUGAGAGUGGUAGCAUACAACUUGGUGGGUAGCACUGCUUCAGAGUGGAUCAGCUUCACCACUGAAAAAGAAUCCCCUCAGUACAGAACACCAUUUUCCGUGGCCAGCAAUUUAUCCAUGAUCUACAUCAACUGGAGCAACACUUUCCUGCUGAAUGGAAAACUGAAGGAGUAUGUGUUGACAGAUGGAGGCCAGCGGCUCUACAGUGGCUUAGAUACCAUUCUCUACAUACCUAGGACAGCAGAUAGAACUUUUUUGUUUCAGGUGACUUGUACCACUGACGAAGGAAGUGUUAAGACACCUUUGAUCCAGUAUGAUACCUCAACGGGACUUGGCCCAGUACUAACAACUCCCGGAGAGAAGAUGGGAGCAGGGAGCAAGCAUGCUGCGUUCUACAACGAACUGUGGUUUAUAAUAUUAAUGGCAACUCUGGGGUUGAUCCUACUGGCUAUUUUUCUGUCUCUGAUCCUACAAAGAAAAAUACACAAAGAGCCAUAUAUCAGAGAGAGACCUCCAUUAGUGCCACUUCAGAAGAGGAUGUCUCCACUGAGUGUCUACCCUCCAGGUGAAACCCACAUGGGAUUGGCUGAUACAAAGAUCCCCCGCACAGGGACUCCCAUGAGUAUUCGGAGCAACAGAAGCAUGUCUGUCCUCCGCAUCCCAAGCCAAGGACAGAUUAGCCGUACCUACUCACAGGCUUCUCUGCAUCGGAGUGUCAGUCAACUCAUGGAUAUCCAGGACAAGAAGGGCUUAACUGAUGACUCACUGUGGGAGACUAUCAUGGGCCAUGACAGUGGAUUGUACGUGGAUGAUGAAGAUCUGAUGAAUGCUAUCAAGGGUUUCAGCUCCGUGACUAAAGAACACACCACUUUUACAGACACUCAUUUGUAA